ACUUUCUCAAGCUUCGUUCCCCGCCAUCGUCUCUUCUCUUCCUCUCGACAGUGAGAAAAAAAAAUGGCGCUUUGCUCCGAGCUUCGCAUUCCCUUCCGGCCAAUCUCCACAAAUUUCAAAGCAACGAAGAAGAUUCCGACAAGGCUCUCAUGCUCCCGGCAAUCGCCGGACGGUGACGAUGAGCCUCCCCGACCAUCGGACGGGCUGAAGAAGAGGAUCUCGGAGCAAUCAUCGUGGGAGACCAAGGAUUUGGAAGGAAGGGAUUAUCUUUAUAGAUUAGGGCAAGAGGCUGACAACAUGAACAUCACCGUCGGGGCGAGAAAGGGCAUUGUUGAUGAUCUCUUCGUUGGCAAUUUCCUUGGCAGAGAUGCGGAUAUAGUGUUUGAUUACAGGCAGAAGGUCACUAGGUCAUUCCAGUAUCUCCAGGGGGAUUACUACAUCGCCCCUUUGUUCUUGGACAAAGUUGCUUGUCACAUCGUGAAGAACUAUAUUGCUCAUCUUCUCGACAUCAAGGUUCCAUUGAUAUUGGGUGUCUGGGGUGGUAAAGGACAGGGGAAGACAUUUCAAACAGAACUUAUCUUUCGGGCAAUGGACAUUGAGCCUGUCAUCAUGUCUGCAGGCGAACUGGAAUCAGAGAGAGCAGGAGAACCAGGGAGGCUUAUACGUGAACGAUAUAGAACAGCUUCCCAGGUGAUCCAAAACCAAGGAAAGAUGAGUUGCUUGAUGAUAAACGAUAUUGAUGCUGGUCUAGGAAGAUUUGGAAACACACAAAUGACUGUCAACAAUCAAAUUGUGGUUGGAACACUGAUGAACCUAUCAGAUAAUCCUACAAGGGUGAGCAUUGGACAAAAAUGGAGAGAAUUUGAUGUAACCCAUAGAGUGCCCAUCAUAGUUACUGGAAAUGAUUUUUCAACACUUUAUGCACCCUUGAUUCGGGAGGGGAGAAUGGAGAAGUUCUAUUGGCAGCCGGACCGUGAAGAUAUCGUCAACAUUGUUCAUAAGAUGUAUGCUAAAGAUGGUAUAUCUAAGGAGGAAGUAGAAACUGUUGUAGAUGCUUUUCCUAACCAAGCUUUAGAUUUUUAUGGAGCUCUCAGAUCCAGGACAUAUGAUCAGUCAAUUUCCAAGUGGGUAAAUGAUAUUGGUGGCUAUGAAAAUCUCGGCAAAACACUUCUCAAAGGAAGGAAAUCUGGGGAUCUUCAGACAUUUGUUCCACCAGAGCAAACUGUGGAAGCUUUGCUUGAAUCCGGACAUUCGCUUAUCCGGGAGCAGCAACUGAUUGUGAAUUCCAGACUGUCAAAGGAAUACAUGAAGAACAUAGAUGAUUAAGAAUGCGCAAGCAUUGAUUAUUAAUUACUGUAUGAAAUGUUUCUCAGAUUAGUACACAAAAAAUGAGUAUUGGUUGAAAUUGUUUCUCAGAACAAUGUCAGAUGUUGUGUACAGUGUGGAAAUCAAAUGUUUUUAAGGCGAGUUUUGAUGCUCGUAUUUGAUCGAUGAAAAAUGCCGACAAUAUCAUGAUCUUGUAUACAUACUGAAAUUCAUAUACUAUUUCUCCAACAACAUUGAAUCUGAAAACAUCAUUUUUA